AUGGUAGGAACGGUGACAGCCCUCGAAAUGGCUUCUUCCAUGGGCUUGCCCUACUGCUACAACCCUUUUGUAUUUCGGAGAGCUGCAAAACAAGCUCUUUCUUCACUAGUAGCAUUCAAUAAUUUUGCUCCUCUUCAUCACCGCCAUUACAGAAACGGGAUAUUUUCUUCCGCGUAUGCUUCCGCCGCCAUUGAUGCUAAUAAGGAGCUUAGAAGCACUGACCUGGUGGCUCUCGAGUACGCUGAACUUAACCUUUCUGAAAAAAUUUCUGGGGAGUUGGGUCAUGUAAGAAUCAGGCAGCAUGUCAACCCUCUCAGCUCAUCUUUCGCUAUGCCAGCACCAGUACCUGAUUGGAAUCAAGUAUUCAGGGACCCUACGUUGCCACUCAUGGUGGACAUUGGAAGUGGUAGCGGCAGAUUUCUUAUAUGGCUGGCAAACAGAAAUCCUGAUUCAGGAAAUUAUUUGGGACUCGAAAUACGACAGAAACUUGUCAAGCGUGCUGAGUUUUGGGUAAAAGAGCUGGCUCUGAGUAACAUACAUUUCGUUUUUGCAAAUGCAUCGGUUUCCUUUGAACAAUUAGUAUGCACUUAUCCUGGACCCUUGAUGCUAGUUUCAAUCCUGUGCCCAGACCCUCAUUUCAAGAAAAGGCAUCAUAAAAGAAGGGUUGUACAGAAGCCUAUAGUAGAUUUGAUUAUAAAUAGGUUGAUGCCUGGAGGGAAGGUUUUUGUCCAAUCUGAUGUGCUUGAAGUGGCACUUGACAUGAGAAAGCAGUUUGAUGCAGAGUCUUGUCGACUUCAGCACAUUGACACAAUUGAUCCCAGCAUGCCUUGUGAUGGUGAGGGAUGGUUAUUGAACAACCCAAUGGGCAUAAGGACUGAAAGAGAAAUCCAUGCAGAAUUUGAAGGUGCAAAAAUUUAUAGGAGGAUGUACCAGAAGCUGAAGUGAUCAAGAAAUCAGUUUAGUCAUUCAUGUUGGACUUCAUGACAGCUAAAACCCGAGUCACGUAGGGAUGGUUAGUCGUGCGUGCAUGCCUGCAUCCAUCCUCAAACCAUGUCACCAUUGUUACGUAGAGAUGGAAAGAACUUGCCGCUGGCUCGGGUAUCUGCUGUUCUUCACCUGGAUAUGCAAAAACUCUUGUAUCACCAAACUCCAGGAUUGACGUUCAAAACACAUGGCAUUUGGCAAUAGCCACUUCCCGGGAUUACCUGAAAACUGCUUUAAGAAAACGUCAUUGGAAAUCAUGGUUUCUAUUUAUUAUUUAGUUUGAAGCUCCCAAGAAGUGUCCUGACAACUUGCUUGGGUCAGCAAUUGAACCAGAACAUCAUAUGAUCAAGUACUUUUUACCAUUUUCCUUUUGCUUUUUUAUGGUUUGUCAUAUAUUACUUAACAAUUAAGAUUUAAAAGAGUA